AUGAAGCUCGUCCUUAGUGCUACGGGAUGUAUUUUGGUGGUGGGAGUAGUUACUCGGGCUUACCUUCACGGAUCGAAGAAUGCCCUUCCUCUCCCACCUUCCCCUCCCGCGGGCAGUCUUGUAGGGCACGUCCUACCCCGCGACCCAUUCCUCCUUGUAAAGCGAUGGAUCGACGAGUAUGGUCCUUUAAUCACCCUUCGCGUAGGAAUCGAUAAAAUUGUUGUUAUUGGCAGUCACGAAGCCGCGAUGGAUAUAAUGGAGAAGCAGGGCAUAGCACUGGCUGAGCGUCCUCCCUCUAUUGCUGCUGGAAAACUGUUUACUGGUGGACAGGCGGUCGCCUUUGCGGCUGGAGAAAGGUUUCGUCGAAUGCGUAGAGCACUUCAUACGCAUCUCCAGCCCAAAGCAGUUGAGGAAUAUCAGCUCCUGCAGAUGUCACACGCGAAGAUCACACUUCUAUCCUUUCUUGAAGACCCAGGCAAUUACCAGAAGCAUGUGAUAAGUUAUGCUGCGACGACGAUUACGAAAGUUGUAUUUGGGAAGAACAUGAAUGCGACCGAUGACGAAAUUGAAUUGGGUCGCCAGUUCAUCGGGGCACUUAUUGCAGCAGCGAACCCUGGCGCUUACUUGGUGGACUCGAUUCCGUGGCUUCAAUACCUUCCAUGGUAUGGCCGAAAAUUAAGGCAGCAGUAUAAAAGCUACCUGAAACUAUUCACUGCCCACCUGAAUUUCGUGAAACAAGAAAUGCAAAACAAUGCGGACGCCGGUCUUUCAUUCACGAGAUAUUUGCUAGAAAAUAAACAGCUCCAUGGCUUGACAGAGACUGAGAUGGCUUUUCUUUCUGGCACCUUCUUUGGAGCUGGAUCCGAUACGACUGCUUUAGUAAUGUGCACAGUGCUAAUGGUAGCCGCAUGUUUCCCUGAGGAACUAGCCAAGGUCACAGCCGAGAUUGACGCAGUCGUCGGCACGGAUCGAGCACCGACCUUCGCCGACGAACACUCCCUUCCUCGUUUACGUGCCUUCAUCGCCGAGUGUAUGAGAUGGAGACCGUUGGGCCCUAUGGGAUUUCCUCACAAAACUACUCAAGACGUGGUUUGGAAAAACUAUUGUAUUCCCGCCGAGACUACAGUAUUCGGCAACCAUUGGGCCAUCUCUCGAGAUCCAAAAGCCUACCCUGACCCUGAUGCGUUCAAACCUCAGCGCUGGAUCAACGACGAAGGUCAAAUGAGAGAGGAUCUAACGUUCUUUCCCUAUGGAUUUGGUCGCCGCAUUUGCCCUGGUCUACACCUUGCGAACAGAUCGAUAUUCAUCAACUCGGUCCUUUUAUUCUGGGCCUUCCACGUCACUCUGGAUGAUACGAAGCCACUGAAUGACAUGGGAUAUAUGGAUGGGGUGAUGCCACUGGUCCCGCCAUGCAGUCUUCAGUUCAAGACGAGAAUUUUGAAGACAGAGAUCAGGCGCAUGCUGCAGGAUUAUCCUGAGGGUGCAUGA